AUGGACAAUAAUGUAUUGGCAUCACUUACAGUAUGUAAACAACAACAUCGAAGACGUUUAAUUAAAAAAAAGCAUAGACGACGUCAUUUAUUAAGUAUUCGACGAAUUCUUCUAGAUACAACAUAUCCUAAUUUGUUUAUUAAACCUUUACACAAUAAAGAUAUACCAGUUGAUGAUAAUUUAAAAUUGACAUCAUUGCCUACCUUUAUUACUGAAGAACAAAAUGAACAUUCAUCUGAUGGUAUACUUGAUUUGUGUGCUAAUGAAGAAUCAUUUGAUGAUUUAAGUGAACGGAAUGUUGAUGAAGAAGUAUAUUACGAUUUAGAUGAAUUAAAUAUUGAUGAACAAGUAUCUGAUGUAUUAGAUGAAUCUUUUAAUUUGGCUACUUCAGCUUUUCCUGAACCUGAUUUAAUUUUGCACGGCUCAACUAAUAUUACAAAGAAUGAAUACUGUAGAAAUCUUCUUACUUUAUUUCGUGAUGCGAAAAUUUCCAAAACACAUUGUGAUAGAUUUAUUCGUCUUAUUCAGUCUGGUCUACCAAUACCAAACAACAUGCCAACGUCGAUGAAAAAUCUUUUGGAAGAAAUGCAAGAAUUAUUUUUGAAAAGAUCAAUCUGUACGACCUGCAAUCAAAAUCUUAAUCAUCAUAAUGAUAACAUUAAAUGUAAUUUAACAGAAGAAAAAUUCCAUGCUGAUAUUUAUGACAUCGAUGUUAAUAUAGUGUUUUAUCAAUUGAUUGAUCGUCUAUGGCCUGAGAUUAUCGAAUACAAACAACAACUUGCAUCAAAUUCAUCGAGUGAAUAUAAUGAUAUUCCAUUGAAUGCUUUAUAUCGAAAUAUGAUAAGUCGUCUUGCUUAUGGUGUAGAUUUUGUUAGUCUUAUUUUUCAUCUUGAUGGUAUUUCUCUUUGCAAAUCUUCAAAACUGACCAUGUGGUUACUAAGUGGUAUAUUUAUUGAACUCCCACCUGAUUUACGAUAUAGACGGCAUAAUAUGAUUUUAUUAUCUAUAUGGAUUGGUUACAGCGAACCAAAAGCUAGUGAACACAUUGGAGGCCGUGGUGGAAAAAGACAAUAUUAUAGUGAAAAUCAUAUUCGGCUUCGAGAUGAACGACGUUAUGAAUUAGAAUCAAUUAAAGCUGUUAAAACAUCAAGUAAUGUUUAUGGACAUUUAGGCCGAUCAAUCCUGCACGAUCUUCUCGAUGUACCAUUUCCUCAUUCUAUAAUUGUUGUUUAUUUACAUGUAUCAUUAUUACGUCAUACCAAGUCCAUUGUUAAACAAAUUUAUAAAAAUUUAUCACCAUUACAAAGAACUAAAUUAGAUACAUGUUUACGUUCGCAAAAAUUUCCUCAUUUUUUCAAUCGAACUUUUGGACAAGAAGAUUUCAUUGGAGCAGUUGGCAAAAAUUAUCAUGGUACUCGUUUUCAUGGACAAAUGAUUACGUAUCAUUAUGAAAUAGAUUUUGCUCUAAGAAAUAGGGCUUCAUCAAAUUAUUCAUCUAGUUUACAAAUUAUUGAUGGUCCUUUAGAUAAAGUGAAUUUAACAUCAAGUAUGAUUCACGAUGUUACUCAAUGCCAUCUUAUGACAUGUAGUUGUGAUAAGCCUGAGCAAUGUAUACGUGUUUAUCGUCGAUGUAUGAUCGAUAAAAGAAUUUAUCAUUCACUUAUCUAUUCACGUCGAAACUCAACAGUUAGUUUUUUUAUACAAUAUAAUCGAAAUCAAGACGAUUCCAACUUCGGAAAAAUUCGAUAUUUUUUUACAUCGAAUAAUGAAACAUUUGCUGUCAUCGAGCAUCAUGAAAUUAAAAAUAAAUUUAGUCAAUUCUUCAAUUUAACUUCUUAUUAUGAUUUAUUACGUAAAUCUAUAGAUUCUUUCUUUUAUGUACUUUAUUCAAAAGCAUUUUCGCUACACUAUGUACCUAUAACUUCAAUACGAAAUCAUUGUAUUAUUUUCGAAAUGACUGAUUAUAUUAUUGUAACUCCAAUAUCUGUUUAUGGUGAACACGAUUAA